CACACACACACUUGCUCCUCAUCUCUCUGUCCUCUUGAAUUCAUUUCUGUGUAUGGGUAAGGAGGGCUAACAUGGACUCUUUGGGUCUUUUUAUCCUUCUGAUGCUUCUGUGUUCCCAGUGGACAGCUGUCCCUGCUGCCGAGGAAACUACCUGGACCUACACUGGCUUGAUGGGUCAGUCCGAGUGGCCCCAGUACUUCCCUGACUGCGGUGGUACAUCUCAAUCCCCCGUUGAUGUGGCCACCACCCAGACCAAAUACGACCCCAGUUUGAUCCCUCUGACCCCACUGGGCUACAGUCAACACGGGAACAGGCCCUUCACCCUGUACAACAACGGACACACAGCUAUGAUUGAGCUGCCAGAGUGGAUGGGACUGGGGGGGCUGCCCUGGCUCUUUUCAGCCGUACAAAUGCACCUCCACUGGGGCAGCGGUGGCCCGAGCCACGGGGGCGGUGAACACACCAUCAACGGACUGAGUGCAGAUGCAGAGCUUCACGUGGUUCACUACAACUCUGAACUCUACCCCAACAUGUCUGCCGCCAUGACACAGAGAGACGGCCUGGCUGUUUUAGGAAUUCUCAUUGUGACAGGUGAGGAGACGAACCCGGCAUUCAACAACAUCCUCAACUACCUGAGUCGCAUCAGACACGCAGACCAGAAAGUGCUCAUCCCAGCCUUCGACGUCCAAUCCCUGCUCCCUAAGGAUCUGGGACGCUACUAUCGCUACAACGGCUCCCUCACCACGCCGCCCUGCUAUCAGAGCGUGAUCUGGACGCUGUUUCACGAGAGGGUUCAGAUCUCAAAAGCACAGCUGCUGAAGAUGGAGACGAUACUUUACUCCAGCAAAGCGGAAGAUCGCGACCAGAUGCUGCUGCAGGACAACUACCGCGUAACGCAGCCGCUCAACCACAGGGUCGUCUUCGCGUCCUUCUCUGCAGAAUCGGGGAAGGAGCUCUCCUCUGGUGAAGUCACAGCCAUAGUCAUUGGAGUGAUGUGUGGCUGUGUAGGUCUGGCAGUCAUCAUUCGCUUCAUUGUGAAGACGAUACGAUUUUUUACCCUCCUUCACCAUGAAACAGUCGUGGUAAACAGCUCUACCUCUAGCUGGGAUGUCCUGCCCAGUAACCGGCCUGCUCCCACGCCAAGGAUGAAGGAGCCAGAAAAAGUGAAGGAGCAAAAACAAGACAUGGCUCUGAACUCGACCUCAGCAGCAGAAAGAGAGAAGAGCCCUUUGCCGUCUCUUCAGACUGAGCCCUAACCGACAGCAUCGUCCACUUGAGGCCUUGUUCAGACACUCAGACACUCUCCUCCUCCCUCUCAUCAAUGACGCUCUCACUGGACAGAAGGCAAACAUGUUCUCACUUAUCGCAGCAGCAGCAGGAAGAACAUUUUAUAAACAGCGAGGGAAGGACAUAGACUGAACAAGGGACAAAUCACCUGCUGCUUUGAAUAUUUAACAGUAUUUCUUUCCCCCACCCAUAUUCAGAAAUGUAUCAGACCUUUUCCUCAGUUUUGCACAAUAUGUCAGUUUGCUGGCUCUGAGUUGUGUGUUUGCUCUUGAAAUGCCUGGGAUGCAGGACUUGGUUCAUGUAAAUACUUUGUAAAAUAUAAAUGUUGUAAUUUGUUUUUUUCCUUAGGUUUGUCAUUUGUCAUUUCAUCUUGUUCCUUCUGCCUUGAAACACAAACACACUGAAGCAGACUGUACUGUAUGAGAUAUUAAUAGACCCGUUUGUUUAAUUAUUAAUCAGUGUACUGAGAGACUAGAGGAUUAACACAAAGUGGACAAUUUGACAUUAGAAAAAAACGUGAGAGUUUGAGCCGACUAAAUGAACACUUUAUGAUUAGUCUGAAGUGAUUUGACGCACACAUUUGAUUUGUAUAUACUACACAUAUUGGCUCUGUAUUUAAAUCGGAUUAUUUUGUAAAUGUGUGAUGAGUUAUGUGUGUGUAUAUGUGGUUAUUUUGUCAGGGGAAAAAUACUUUUGGAGCCAUAUCAUCUUUUUCUCAAUUAUUAUUAUUAUUAUUUGCUGUAUAUAACUUGUCAGUAUGGGCACUACAUUAAAACACUUGAAUGUCAAA